AUGGCUGCAUCGCAGAGGCCAGAGGCGAGGACGGCGUCCGUGUGCACCGCGGAGGCCGCGCGGGGCACGCACUCGUUCAAGAUUGCCGGCUACAGCCUGCACAAGGGCCUCGGCGUCCGCAAGUACAUCAAAUCCGCUGCCUUCGCCGUCGGCGGCCACGGGUGGCGCAUCCGCUAUUACCCGGACGGAACCAGGGAGGACUUGAAAGACUACGCCGCCGUUUUCCUCGAAAUCGUCACCGAGUGCGUCAAGCAGGUCAGGGUGAAGUACGACUUCAGGCUGGUCGACCCGGCCACCGGGCUGUCCUCGUCCGUCUUCUCCGUGCGGGCUCUGUACGAUAGAGCGCAUACCAGUUGGGGAACCAACAAGUGGAAGAAGACGAGCGAGCUGGAAGCGUCUUACCUCCGGGAAGACUGCCUGGUGAUCGAGUGCGAUGUUACUGUUGUGGAGGAGGCCCUCGAGGUUCAAGUGCCGCCAUCGGACCUGUCGGACAAUCUUGGGAAAUUUCUGGACUCAGGGGAGGGAGCGGACGUGACGUUCAAGGUUAAAGGGGAGGAUUUCCGUGCCCACAAGUUCAUGCUUGCAGCAAGGUCGCCCGUCUUCAAGGCGGAGUUUUAUGGACCGAUGAUGGGCAAGAAGACGGAAGGCAGCAUAACGAUUGAGGAUAUGGAGCCUGCUGCUUUCAAGGCGUUGCUUCACUUCAUAUACAAGGAUUCCUUGCCGGCGAUGGAUGAUCUUGAUGCAGAUGAGAAUGUAGAAAUGGUUAAGCAUUUGCUUGUGGCUGCCGAUAGGUACGCUGUGGAAAGGAUGAAGUUGAUGUGCGAGAGCAUUCUUUGCAAGAGACUUGACGCUGGGACGGCGGCGGCUACUUUAGCAUUUGCUGACCAGCAUUACUGCAGCAAGCUCAAAGAUGCUUGCUCCGCAUUUAUCACUUCUUCAGCUAGGAUUAAUGAUGUGGUGGCAAGCCAAGAGUACCAACACCUCAAAAGAGUGUAUCCUGCCGUCUUUGUGGAUGUCUGGGAGAAGGCAGCUAAGUCUCGCAAAAGUUAG